UGCACUCAACAUCUUGUUUCAUGCGAUGUUCUCAUUCAGCAAAUGGUGAUUGCAGCCCAUAUUACACUGUGUCCAGCAAGAGGGAUGAGAUGAACCAUGUCAUGAGGAAUGAGCCAAUAGCAACAGCUAGUUUGGAGCCAGUGAAUCAUUCAGGAAGUCACAUCAGCACCUUUCCGUCUUCAUCCCGUGGCAGUUCCCAUCUGAGUCUGCCUCACUCUAAUACCAGAUCACUUGCUCCUCAAACUUCCAUGUCUCCCAGCACCCUACGUUUGGAUGAAAAUCUCCCAAACCUGCACAUCAAACAGGAAUGGCCGCAACUCCUUUCUGAGAGUGAAGGGCUUUCCAGUCAUUCUGAAAUCGGGGUUGCCAGCAGUCUGUCAUCAGAAGCUGAGCCACUGAACAGCAGCAUCUCUGGUUCCUAUUCAUCUUAUUUCUUCAGCAAUGAAAGCAGCUCUUCACUGGGUUUUAUGUCAAGUACCAGCCCUCGUCAAGUGAGCAAGCUACAACUGGGCAACGUCAAGAAACGAUCAGUUUCAACGUCACCACUAUCAACUGAUGGGCUUGACAUCACCGCCAUCAUUCGAACCUCUCCGACAUCACUUAUUGCUUGUGUCAACGGGAUGCGGAGCACUUCCACCAGUCUUCUUUCGCAGUCUGGAGGAAGCGGUCACGUCGGGUCACGGAAGAAUGGCAGUGCGCAGUCCUGCUCUAUGCUAGGCAACCAGUGUAACUCAGCUUCUCCUGCCUCGUCCCUGUCUGCAUUCCCAACACGCAGUGGUGAGCAAGAGGAUACAGAAGGUGAUCAUGUUUCUUUGCAGCAAGUGGAUGAAAACAUGGACCUAAGUCUGGCCACGGGAAACAUGGUUGUUCAACAUGGAGUGAUUGAUGGUUGCAAUAAAAUUAACUUUUUCAAGCAUGAGCCCAUUGAUGAAUAUUCACAUGAUAUAAAACUGUUUCAGCACCACCAUGGUCCUCCUCCUCCAUACCAUUCCCAGCAGCACUUUGGUCAAUCCCAUGGGACUAUAACUCACUUACCCAGGCAACUGCCCAAUGGACAGAUUCAACUUGAAGAUGCUCACGAGCUGGUCAAGAACUUUGGGAAGCAGGUAUGUCGAUGGAUAGACUGCAGUGCUGUCUAUGACCAGCAAGAGGAGCUGGUGAGGCACAUCGAGAAAAUGCACAUUGACCAGCGUAAAGGAGAAGACUUUACUUGUUUCUGGGCUGGGUGUGUGAGGCGCUACAGGCCCUUUAAUGCUCGUUACAAGCUCCUGAUACACAUGAGGGUUCAUUCAGGAGAAAAGCCCAAUAAGUGCAUGUUCGAAGGCUGUAAUAAGGCAUUUUCUAGACUAGAAAAUCUCAAGAUCCACCUGCGGAGCCAUACUGGUGAGAAGCCUUACCUUUGUCAACACACCGGCUGCCAGAAGGCUUUCAGCAACUCCAGUGAUCGUGCCAAACACCAGCGAACACACCUGGACACAAAACCAUAUGCUUGUCAGAUCCCAGGGUGCACAAAGCGCUACACUGAUCCAAGCUCAUUGAGGAAGCAUGUCAAAGCACACUCUGCCAAACAGCAACAGGUGCGUAAGAAGUUACGCUCAGGCACUGAACUUGAACAAGAUAUGAUGAAUGAUUGCCAAACUAUUCAAGCUCUUCAACCAGCAACUUCUCCGUGCAGUGUAACAAACAACACAAUUGGAAGAACUUUGGUGGUCAAUUAUGAGCUAUAUCCAGGGAUGUACAGUUGCUCACCCACAAGGCACAAUGGGCCAGCGGCAUCUAUUUUAUCAUCUCCACAGCUCACCCGGAGUUCAUCCUCUGACUGCCAUUCCCUUGAAGGGGACUUACACAGCCCACAUGGUCAUCUUGCACAGCUGUCUAAAGUGGAAGACUCAAAACUAGGGGAUGGAUCUGUUGUUCUUCCUUUCUCUUCUCUAGCCAGUCCACGGAAAAUGCUAGCUCCAGCAUUGCUACAGAAACAUGGUUCUCACUCACCUCAACCAUCAAGCAAUCAACUCAACACAGGGCACCAUAAAUCCUACCCAGUUUUUCAAAGUCAACCGAUGCAACCCAUUCAAGCAGGUUACCAAGGAAGUUUUCACACCAUGCAGCACGCUUUCCAGUACAGUGAUUCAUUUAGAACAAUGGAGCAAGCUACGAUUCACAACUCCCUUUCAGCAGAUGAUUCACAUUGCCCUAGUCCAGUUCAGCAUAAUGGCUACCAUUCAUGCAUUGCACAUGCAAGUCUAUCAGGGUUUGACAUUGUCCCAGAAUCUCAAGGCACAUUUGGAGAAACACUUCAUAAUGAACCAGAAGACAAUGGACUCUUCCAGAUUAGCACCGUUGACCGAUGUCUGAAUCAGCUGUCCUCUGUUUAUACAGAGACCUGAAACCACCUUUAACCUUACUGGACUAACAACUGCCUGGUGUGCCUCUGUUCAAGUUACAUUCAAAGACUUAGGCAAAUAUAUUGGAAUAGUCAACGUAUCUCAUUGCAUUUCCAACUCCAAAUGCUGAUCAUCCAAAGUGAAAUGAUUAUAGGUGGAUAUUAGAGUAUGUACACAAUCCUCAUGAGCCUCUCACUGCAUAUAUUAAUGAAAUCAGCACAGCUGUCAUUGUAAAAUUAAGCUUCAUCAUUUCUGUAAACUUCUUUCUGCUUAUGUACGAUUGACCGGAAGGAACCCCAAACACUUUCAACUUAUGAUAAGGGUCCCUUCUAAAACUCAGUGUUACUGGUCCAAAUUGAAAUGUCCGAAAAGUCACACAAUUGCAUACUAUCUGAUGUGGUGCGCAUUGCAAGUGCUUGCUAACCUAAUGAACGGGGAUGUUCAACAAUGUUUUAACAAAUAAAAAAACGAGAUAACUUUCACUAUCAUUCUGAAUAUUCUUCGAAAGGUCAAGCAUCACUCUUGAUGCUAUUGCAUCUAUUCAUCUUGAGGGAAUAUUUAAAACUUUCAACUCCCCCAGCUAUAAUCAAAAAUGUACAAAUACAUAUCCAUCUUCAUAUCUUCACUACAAAAUAUUGGCCUGAGAACAACAUCUGUGUUUGUAAGGUGCAUUACAACCACCCUUACUGCAUCUCAUUGUCCACAGAGACAGAUAAAUCCAACAUCCGUUAAAUUUUGCAAUUUACUUAUAUGUACUAGUUUUAAAGGUAAACUUGAAAAAAAUGGACAUCUACAGUAUAUCAACUAGAAUCUCAAAGAUAACUUAACAUUUUAAGUGUUCUUGUUGUGUUCUUAUUUUUAUACGUACCAUGGGUUAACAAUAAAGAAUCAUAUUCUGGAAGAAUUAGAAUUUUAUUUAUAAUAACAGAACCAAACCAUGUUUUUACCAAGCCAUGCUCUAGAUCAUUCUAACAUUUCUGCGCAUGCUCAGAACUCUUUCCAAUCACGUUCUGACACGUCAUAUCACCACAUAUUCCUUUCCUUAAAAAGAAAAACAAUUAGCAACAUUAACCAAACAAAUGCAUAAUUUAACAUGUUUCUAUCAGUCUCGCUGGGGGUUUACGAACACGACUAGACCUUCUAAGUGGUUCACACAGUUCCUCUGUGUCAUUGUUAUUUCCAUGUUUUAUCUGGUCUGCAUCAGUUCACUGAAACUCUGAAGUUGGCUCUUUCUUGAGGCCUUUGCAAUUUCUUCUUAACACUGCCCCGCCUUCUGUUUGGACCAUGUAUGAUCUGGGUUGUACUAUAAGUAUUGUAGCUUUCUUAAUUCUUUCACUUCCAUUUGUAUUGAAAUACGAAUCUUCUUCAUCUAAUUCAUUCAUUAACCGUGUAAUCUCUUUUUUAUGCUGAGACUUCAUCAUUUCAAUAAAACUUCUCAAUUCCUUCACUUGUGCUUUCACUUCUUCAGUUGGAUCCUGAUUCUUGUCACUCUUUGGCUACAGAUCAGUAUUGUACUGUAUCGGCAAGUUUGGCUUCUAUCCUCCUGCAGAGGUGAGAUUGUGAUGGAAUGCAUGGCCCAUUGAUGCAUGAGCAUUACUUCCAGAGGGCAAAAUUGCAACUCCUGGUUUUGGUGGCAAUGCUUCAUCAGAUGCUGGUAACAAAGGGAUGGGUCUGGGAGCUUUCUUUAUGACUUCAUACCCUUUCAUCAAGUCACUGUAUUCUGACUCUGUGUGACUGUCCAAGACUAAUACUCUUUUUCAUCAAAUUCAGUCUCUCACAGGCAGAUAAACCCAGUAUUGACUGUACAUUCCUUGACACUACCACAAAUGAAAGCAUGAGCACAAUAUUUUUGUGCGAUACUUUUGCCUCACAUGUUCCUUUAACUGGAAAGUCUGCACCUGAAUACCCAGUUACUUUUAUAUUUGUCUUAUGUAACCUUGGUCUUGGCUUUAAUGCAUUAAACUCAGAUUCUGCUAGAACAUUUACUUACGCCCCAGUAGCAAGUUUAAACAGAAUAUUGUUUUGGUUCACUUGCAAUGGAAUAUUCCAGUCAUUCUUACUUUGUUUGUUUUUACAAAGCACAUCUAUAUAACACUCCUCAAAUUCGUUUUCUAGCACAGCAUUUACUUGUUUUAUUUUCUUUCUACUUCUUUAACAGCAUGAAAAAUGAUUACUCUUACCAGUCGUUGCACAUUUUCCCUUACUCUGGACACUGUUUUGGUCGAUGCUGCUGCCCACAGCCAUCACACAUUUUUUUUUUAUCUCAGAUGACGUCUUGCUCUCUGUCAGUUUUGUUGUCGUUUUAUUAUUUCUUCUAAUAUGUUCGCACUUUUUUACAGCAUCUACGUGGCAGCUUUCAGUGAAAAGUUCUGUAGCCUGCGGCGUCGUGGUUUCCGAAGUUUUGCAAAGCAUCAAAACUUUUUCUAAGUCUAAAUCUUGUUCUCUUAACAGUCUUUCUCUCAGACCAUUAUCCUGAAUGCCACAAACAAUUCUGUCUUUAACGAGAGAGUCUGUCAGUUCUGCAAACUCACAUCUUUUGCUCCAGCGUCUCAAUUCAGUAACAUAUUGAUCAAUUGUUUCAGCCAAUUUCUGCGUACAUUUGAAAAAGUUAUACUGCUCAUACAUCACAUUACGCUUCAGUAUACAAAAUGCUUCAAAUUUGUCCAUUAUCGACUUCAAAUUUAAAUUAUCUCCAUCUUCAAAACAAAGUGAUUAUAUAUCUUAAUUGUGUCGUCACCUAUUACGUGGAGUAGAAGCGCAGCUUUCAUUUUUUCCCCUUUUUUUAUCUGCUUCAAUGGCCAAUAAAUGUAUUUCAAAACACUGCUUGAAUUUUUUUCCAGUUCUCAGCUACAUUCCCAGUCAGCUGAAGUGUCAGUGGAGGUUGCAAACCUUCCAUUUUUAAAACUGUUAGCAAACACUAAAACAGUUCAAACUCUUUUUUUCUUCGAUUAUCUUCGACUCUUCUGUGUUCGAAAAUAUAUUAUUCUUCCAGACCGACUUCUGCCACCACAUUGUGUUCUUAUUUUUAGAUGUACUGUAGGUUAACAAUAAAGAAUCGUAUUCUGGAAGAAUUAAAACUUUUAUUUACAGCAACAAAACCAAACCACGUUUUUACCAAGCCAUGUUCCAGAUCAUUCUAACAUUUCUGCGCAUGCUCAGAACUCUUUCCAAUCAUGUUCUGACACAUCAUAUCACCACAACACUGAUAAAGCAUCACGUAAUUUUGACAUUUUCCCAAAAUCCCUCGAUUGUGUGCAGUUCUGGUCACUUAACUAUAGGAAGGAUAUCAGUAAGAUUGAAAGAGUGCAGAGAAGAUUUACUAGGAUGUUGCCGGGUCUUCAGGAGUUGAGUUACAGGGAAAGAUUGAGCAGGUUAGGAUGUUAUUCCUUGGAGCAUAAAAGAAUGAGAGGGGAUUUGAUAGAGAUUUACAAAAUUAUGAGAGGUAUAGACAGGCUCUUUCCACUUAGGUUAGGAGAGAGAAAUAUGAGAGGACAUGGCUUUAGGGUGAAAGGGGAAAGGUUUAGGGGGAACAACUUCACUCAGAAAGUGGUGGGAGUGUGGCACGAACUGCCAUCUGACGUGGUAAAUGUGGUCUCACUCUUAAGUUUUAAGAAUAAAUUGGAUAGGUACGUGGAUGGGAGAGGUCUGGAGGGUUAUGGACUGGAUGCAGGUCAAUGGGACUAGCAGAAUAAAGUUUCAGCACAGACUAGAAGGGCCAACUGGCCUGUUUUCUGUGCUGUAGUGUUCUAUGUUCUAUGGUUCUAUCUUUUUGUAUACUUCAGCCAUUCUUAAAACCCAUCUGUUUAACCAAGAUUUUAACUAUACCUCAGUCUUUCCAUCUUUGGCUUGAUUAAUCUUUCCUGUGAUUCUAGGGAGCUCAUUGAGAUGUUUUGCUGCGUUAAAGGUGCUACAUAAAUUAAAAUAUUUUUGAUGUAUUUUAUUUUUGCAGUGUCUAGCUUGCUGAGCAUUUCUAAAGUCUUUAUUUCAUUUCAGAUUUACAAUAUUUGCAGUGUUACAGUAUUUUAAACAAUAAACAUGAAAUGUGUUGUUGCCAUUGCACUUUUGAUAUUAAUGCUUAAGGCAUCCAGAUGUGCAAAGAGAGCAGCCUAUUUUGUAACUUGUUAAUCACUAUUUUCUGGCUAAUGUCAAAUGUAAAAUAACAUGGGUUUAAGUUUGUAAAGAAUGUUAACUUUUUAAAAAAUCCCAGCAGCUUUGUUUUCAAAUUCACACUUUUUGUACAAAAUGUUCGCAUCAACAUAAUGUACAUAGUAUGUGUAACAAUUUAAGUAUUCAUAUGAUAUUUUACAAUUUAUAUAACUUUUGAAUGGAUUAU